CAAAAAGAAAAUGGCUUCUGCAUCGCUUCAUGGCGACCGUAGUUAUGUAGUUUCUCGUGGAAAGAAAACUCCUUCUCCUGUUGUCCAAGGUAGUAAGACACCAAUACCAAGAACUAGUGAAGCCAAGAAACGUCUUAAAAGCUCUGAUGGUGGUUCUAAACAGCUUGUUUCGGCUGCAAAAGUCUCGACGUCAGCGGCGAAGCAACGUCCUUCAGACAUUUUGAAUCCAAAGACUGUUGACCCAUUCAACGACAAGACACCAAAGUCUUCAUUUGCUACAAGUUACGCAAAUGGUGGAGUACCUUGCAGGUUGGUUCAUGGCUCUGUUAAACACAAACUUCAGUGGAAUACUCCUCCUGAUAACCUGUCUUUUGAUCCUGUGUUAAUUACUUUAGCAGAGGGUCUUAGAGAGACCAAACACCCUUACAUGUUCGUUGCUCGUGAAGGAUUUAGAGAAAUGCUUGAAGUAGACGAUGCUGCAUCUCGGACAUUACCGAUUUUAUCAAAACUUAUAGUCCCUCUCAGGGCUGCACUGGCUUCAUCAGACACACAAGUUUUUUACAGUUCAUUGGAAGCUUUGGUACAACUCAGUGAAGUUGUUGGUUCAGCACUUAACCCUCAUUUAAAAGCCCUCCUUCCACAGGUGUCAAAACGUUUUAUGGACAAAACUCAAAAAGAAAGAAUCCUGCAUGCAUUACAAAGACUGGAACAAAAUGUUGGAAAGGAAAGUGUUCCAAUUAUCAAAUCAAAGAUACCAACAUAUCAAUCAGUGUGUCUAUAGCACUGUCUAAUCAAAUAUGGGUUAAUUAAAAACAUAGCUAAGUUAUAAAUUAUCUAGAGAAACAAACAAAGGUGUCAAAUAUAUUAUCAGCAUGCAAAGAUAGUCAUAUCCAAUAGCCCAGGACUAGUGGAUUUUGCAUUCAGGUUAGAAGAUUCUAUCCUUUACUUACCCGAUAGGUAAGUGAAGAUUUUUGUGAAAAAAAAAAAAAAAAUGAGGAAAUUUAAAUUACAGAUUGAAGUACUGUAACAGAGAGCUAAUUAUUGUAAGUUUCAAUUUUGAUCUUGAACUAGUUAUUUCAUUGUGCAGUGCUAGUGAGAAUUUUUUUGGGUUAGCAACUUUAACUGUUGGGCUUGUACAUGUAACACCCUAGUUACAGCUUUGCCAAAGGGCAAGCUGCAAUCUUGGGCAAGUUGGAAACUGAUUUUCUUUGCACCCUGAUUAUGAAGUGUUAGUAUAGAGAAUUAAGUUGUACCGUAGUUUGACACAUCAUAUUUAUUAGUCAGAGUGAAAUGUAAUGGUCAUCUUGUGAGUUUUAAAAGUAAUUACCCUCACGUGUCUGGUUUGAUGUAACUGCAUGAUCUAUCAAUAAUAAUUAAAUAUUGUAAAUUAGCACGUUGGCUGCAGUGCGGAACAACUGCAUGGUUGUACAAAAUUCACAAAACGGUUGUUUAAAAUUUGCAUCAUUUACAAGCACAAAAUCAUUUAUAAAUAAUAUUCUCAAUCUGUAACCAGGGAGGUGCAGUGGCUUAAUAUUGGUUAAUGCACUUGAAUUCAGAUUGAGCCGUGGUUUUACUGAGACUUAGACAAGACAUCUCACUGCACAAUGCCUCUCUUCACCCAGAAACAUAUGUAAAUAUGUAAAUUUACGGGUAAUGGCAAAUAGUUGGGGCACCCUUCAGGACCAAAUGCUUUUAACCUGUGAUGGACUGGUAUCUCAUCUAGGUGGUGAGGCGGAGGGGGCGGGAGGCAAUACUCUUAGCAGAUGCAGAAGGCUAUGAACGAAUUGGACUUAAAGAUGAUUUACAGUCCAUACAGCACAAUCUCGAGAGUUUGUUUAUGUUUUUGUUUUGACUCAUGUAAUAUGUCACAAAAUGUAACAUUUUGCUAUUACCAACAUGAAGUAAAUUCAAAGUUUCGUGUUACGGAUACCAAGCUUUAUGUUUUGUUCUUUCAAAAUCACUUUAUGAAACAAUUUCCUAGCUGUGAAAAUCAAAGAAAAUCUUGGGUAAAGAAUUCAAACUGCCUCAAAGAUAAGGUAUGAAUAGCAUCUAUUCACUUUCCCAACCUCGUUCCCAGGGUCUCUCAUCUUACCGCCCCCUGGAGCGAACGAGGGGGCAGUAAGAUGAGAGACCCUGGGAACGAGGUUGUCGCUUUCCGUGGAGUGAGACUCACAAACAUUGGCCAUGGGGUGCCAAGACUGUGUAUGGACUGAAAAUCAUCUUUAAGUAGCAUUACUUCUUUGUUGUUGUAACCAGCUAUCACUGUGUCUGUUUGUCCUGAUCUAUUGUUGUUGUCAUAUAUGAUUGAUGAAGCAGAGACAUUUACUCUUGAGAAAAAUUAUGAUGUUAGUGAAUUGUCCAGCUUCAGAGUAUAAAGUUACCAUGGAAGAAAGUUUUAUUUUUCAAACAUAUUUUAUGGAUUAUGUACAUAGACCCUCAAUAUAAUUUAGACAAUCCUUUUUGUUUAUUACCUUUCCCUUGAUCAAAUUUCCUUUGCUUUUAAUGUAACAUAGUGUUUUGUAAAAAUGAGUGGCAAAGGCUGCUUCUUCAGAUUGUAAGCACUAUACAUGGUACAGGAUGUGUAAAAUAAAGGAAAUGGUAAAUAGUCAA